CAUUCAUCAAUCACAUCUGGUUUAAAAGGACACUGGAAUGAAGAGAAGCAUCCCGCAUUUUCUUGGAAACCCCAUCUGUUGACCAUGCCGUCCUCCAGAACCACCGUCUCGCUGGCACAGUAUCUGUUCACCCGCAUCAAGGAAGUUGGCAUCCGGUCUGUCCAUGGCGUGCCCGGCGACUACAAUCUGGUUGCGCUCGACUACGUAUCGAAGGCGGGUCUCCGGUGGAUUGGGAAUUGCAACGAGCUCAAUGCUGGAUACGCGGCUGAUGGCUACGCCCGGGUCCAUGGCAUCUCGGCCCUGAUGACUGUCGCUGGGGUCGGGGAGCUGUCAGUCUCCAAUGCCAUCGCUGGAGCGUACGCCGAGUACGUCCCGAUCGUGCACAUUGUGGGACAGCCGAGCUUGGCCUUGCAGAAGCGGAAGAAGCUGCUGCAUCACUCCCUGGGCGACGGGGACUUCGAGAGCAUGGCCCGCAUGUCGCACAGGACGGCCUCGAAGAGCGUCAAGCUCCAAUGCGUCAGCCAGGCACCGGGACUCAUCGACGAAGCGAUCAGCCACUGCUGGAAAUCCAGCCGACCGGUCUCCAUCGUCUUACCCACGGACAUGGUGCAUGCCCCCGUCAUGGCCGAGCCGCUCUCGCGGCCGCUGGACAUGCUGCCCUCGCCCAACGAUUCCGCGACGGAGCGGUGGACGGCCGAUGCAAUCUUGCGCGCUCUUCGGAUCGCCCGGCAGCCCAUCCUUUUGGUCGGGGGGUACAAUGUCCGGUUCACGAAGAGGCAAGAGGUGCAGGAGUUGGCCGAGGCCUUCGGACUGCCGGUCUUCCUGUCUGCCUCGGGCAGGGGUAUUAUUGACGAAGAACAUCCCUGCUUCCAUGGACUGUAUCUCGGGGACUGCUCCGAUCCGUCCACCACCCGGAAAGUACGCUCGUCCGAUUUGAUUAUCUCCGUCGGCAAUAUUCAUUCGGAUUUGAACGUCGCCUCCGUGUCGUGGGAGUUUGAUCCCCUGAAGAUGGUCGAGAUCCGCGAUGGGACGGUGCAAGUCCAGGGCAAGGCUUACCACGGGCUGAACAGUCAGGGGCUUCUGCAGACUCUCAUCCGCCGUGCAGAAGAGUUGAGUCAGUCUGCCCGACGAAGCCCUGUGGCCACUACGACCGGGGCGCUGAACCACGACUGGCUCUGGCCGGCCCUGAGUGAAUGGCUGCAACCGGGGGAUACGGUCAUCGCCGAGACUGGCACCUCCAACUUUGGCAUCUGGUCCACCCGGUUUCCUCGCGAUGUGACCUAUAUCAGCCAGUAUGUCUGGGCGAGUGUGGGCUAUUCCCUGGGCGCCUGCCAGGGGGCUGCAGCGGCCGUCCAGGAUUCAGUCCUGCCUGAUCGACGCACUGUCCUCUUCAUCGGCGAUGGCAGUUUUCAGUUUACGUGUCAGGAGCUGAGCACGAUCGUCAAAAACCAUCUGACCCCGAUCAUAUUUGUGAUCUGCAACAAUGGAUACACGGUGGAGCGGCUGAUCCACGGAUGGCAUGAAUCGUACAACGACAUUCAGGAAUGGAAAUAUCGACAGCUGCUGGAGGUGUUUGGGGCGGAGCAAGGGUCCUAUCAGACAUAUCAGAUCCGCACCAAGGAGGAACUGGCGGCGCUUCUGCAGGAUUCGGCUUUCAAUAAUGGGCGAAUGCUUCGGUUUGUCGAAUUACAUCUGGAUCAGAACGAUGCCCCCUCGGAGCUGAAAACCCUCACCCAGCAACUCGUAACACGAGAUACGCAUCCGCAUCCACCAGAGUCCAGCAGCAAAGGGGAACUAGUGACUGGAGUUGUAGAGGACGAACUACGGAGUAAUGUAUAG